GUCAGUCAGGUUUGUCACUUGUUUGUCAAAUUUAAAUUCAAAAAACAAAGGAAAAUAAAUCACAACAAAACAAAUAGCGACGCUACUGAUAUUGUUAAAUUAAUCAUGUUCCUCUGAUUUAACCGCGCCAAGUUAACUUGAUUUGAUUAGGUACUUGUGUUGUUGUGAUCGAGUUGUGUGGGAUUGUAAAUACGGGUCUCAUUUCCUGGUGCAGCCGUUAAUUAUCCACAAGUUUUGGUGAAAUAACCACUGAAAUGUGUACUUAUGUGAAAUUGUUUAUAUUUUCACUAUUUUUCACUAUUUGCUUAUGUUCUACACCACAAUGUAGAAAUGAAAAGGGAGAACCUGUUGAUUGGUUCUAUAUUUACAAACUACCUCGGGAGAAGAAUCACUUGAAUCCACUAGUUCGUCAAGGUGUGGCCUACAUGUACCUCACACCCUCAAAACUAAGGGGUGGGUGGAUCAUGUCAGACAUGUCAGUAAGUGACCCAAGAUCCAUGCUGGGUAGGACAUUAGCACCAUUGUACCAGGACAAAAAUAUUCUAUCUCUUGUUUACAAUGACCAACCACCGGCUCUAGAAAAUGAGCCCGAUGUUUUGUUGAAUAUUGCUGAGAGGUAUUCAAAAACUAAAAGAGGUCAAUUGAAUCAAGCAACUGUGAAAAGGUACAAAAAAUUCAAAGUUGGGGACAAGUAUUAUGAUGACUACGACUUGGCAGAGAUGUGUAAGAUGCACUCCAAGUUCAUGAAGACCAGGGUUGAGAGUGGCCACACCAAGGGUGUCCUCCUUGGAGACAAGUUUACGUCCUUGUGGUUGGUGCAUUCUGUGCCUCGGUUCCCUCCUAUACCUAAUUCCAAUGGCCUCAAUGUAACAGGAUAUGACUACCCAUCUACUGGCAUGAAGUACGGGCAAUCCUUGCUAUGUGUCUCAGUCCAAACAUCCACACUGAACCAGAUUGGUACUCAACUUAAAUACAACGAGCCCCUGAUAGUACAUCACCACAUUCCUCAGGAGUUGGAGGGAGAACUGCCCAAUUUGCUGGACGUAGUCAAGAAUAAGACCAUCGAUGCUUCUCCAUGGUACCAUAUCGAGAGUUUCGAGACAUUAGUCGGCCGGAAGUUCCUGUCGUUCGCUAAGAGUGCGAUGUUCAACGACGACCUGUACAGCGGGCUGGUAGCCGAGGUACUGCAAUCAGACUUGCUGGUGGAAUCCUGGACCAAUGGCCCCGGCACGUUGGACUCCGAGUGCAAUAGAAACUUCCAAGUACGCAACAUCGAGCGCCUAAAGUUCCCGAUCGCUAAGAUGUCGUUUACGUCCCACAACGACCACUCGAAAUGGGCCGUAGCAGUGGCCCACAAGAUGCACAACAGCCAGGACACGAAGGUGGCCGACUACUGGGUCUGUGUCGGCGAUAUCAAUAGGGCGUUGCCGCAAGAAUCGCGCGGGGGCGGCACAGUGUGCACCUCGGGGCCAAUUUUGUGGGGCAACUUCGCCCAUCUCAUUGAGACUGUUCAAACGUGUAGUUAAAAAAAUAUAUAGUAUACGGAGGUAAAUAAUCAUAUUUUAUCAAACAUUGCAUACUUGUGCGACAUGUUUCAAGGAAUCCUUUACUUUGUGCCUUAACUCAUGUUAUUCUGAAUGUCGAUCAAAAAUAUGAUAAAAAAAAUAUCUUUUAUUUUAUUUGUUUGUUUUUUUUUUGUCUUUUAUGUUGCUUAUUUUUGUGACAUCAUUUUCAGAUGCAUAUUGGUUAUUGUAAGUAGUAAGAUAUAUGUACAGUUGAAGGAAGAAGUGAUAUCUAUCUCAAUACAUGUCUGCUCGAAAAUGUAGUGUUAAUCGAAAUUCAUUAACUAAUUAUUGUUAUUAUAGUCAAAUUAACAAUUUCAGAUUACAGGAAGAGAAAUUUUCAGAUAAAAAUGCCCUAUAUGUGUAAUAUGCCCCCAGAUCUUAAUAUAGGAUAUCUAUUUUAAAAAUUUAAUUAAAAUUGUUCAAAAUUAUUGUAAGUCUGAUUUUUAGUAUAAGUAGCAUAAUUUUAUUUAUAUAUCAGUAUAUAUACGAUACUAUCAUAUAUAUUUUUAAAGCUGUAUACUUAUAUUUUUAUAAAGUUAUAGUACUUAUUAUGUAAGUUAAAUGCUUAGAAUAAGAACGCCCGUAACAUGACACAAAUAAUUUUAGCGUAGUACAUAAUCUUAUCGCUGUGAAUAAAAGCUAAUGGGGAAUGUUUCGCAUAGUUAGACGCAGAUGGCAUCAGUUCAACCCAUUCGUUGCCAUGGUGCACAGGUCAAUUGUCAUGCUUUUUAAGAAUUUCAUUGUCAAUGUCAAAAUAUGCUCUUUAUUUCUUACAUAGAUUUAGAAAGGGCGUGGAUUAACACCCCAGUAAUAUUCUCUAUUAUGUAAAGUUAGUGUAGGGGAUAAAAAAUAAACCAUUUAGCUGAAGCUAAGAUAUGAGCUAUUCAGAUAAAUAUGUGCGCCCUGGCACUCAAAAAAUGGUCACGUUGUGUAUUGACCGUAUCAAUCUGUGAUUGUGGAUGUGAUUCCAAUAUGAAGUUCAGUCAUU